UUCUCCAGCCAACUUUUUUCUAGUUUCUACUAACAAUGGAGGCAAAGCUGUUGAGAAUCACCUCAAUCUCCAGAAUUCCCAGAAAGCUUUUAGCCCACCGGAGCCAUCAUCAAGAUUGCACCUUUCAAUUUCUCAUUUCAAGCUGCAGUGCUAUGCACGCCAUUCCCUCAGCUCAACCGCUUCCAAAUUGGCGAAUGGGAAUGAAGAGCAGAGUAGAUGAGACAGGGAAUUACACACUAGAGGGUGUAAGAAUAUCUUUAGUUCGGUUAGAGGAUAGCAUUAUAUCUGGCCUUGUGGAGAGAGCUCAGCAUCGUUACAACCCGGAUACAUAUGACCCUAAUGCUUUUGUAAUGGAUGGCUUCCAUGGCUCUUUGGUGGAGUACAUAGUUAAAGAAACGGAAAAAAUUCAUGCCAAAGUUGGAAGGUAUUCGGACCCUGAUGAGCAUCCUUUCUACCCGCUUGAAUUGCCCGAACCACUAUUGCCACCCCUUCAACACCCACAGGUUCUACACCCAAAUGGUGCUUUGGUCAAUAUCAAUGCCAAAAUAUGGGACAUGUAUUUCAAAAAGCUUCUUCCAAGGUUAGUGGAAGAAGGCGAUGAUGGUAAUUGUGGAUCCACUGCUGUUUGUGACAGUUUUUGCCUUCAGGUCCUCUCAAAGAGAAUUCAUUAUGGCAAAUUUGUUGCAGAAGCAAAAUUUCAAGCUUCACCAGACCUCUAUAAGGCUGCAAUCCGAGCAAAAGACAGAAAUAGGCUUAUGCAAUUGCUGACCUGCCCAGAAGUUGAAGAACUGGUAAAGAAGAGAGUAGAGAUGAAGGUCAGAGAACACUUUCAAGAGGUUACCAUUGACAUGGAAGGGGAGAGCAAGAGUGAUCCAAAGUACAAAAUAAAUCCAAUCUUUGUUGCUAAUCUGUAUGGGGAUUGGGUCAUGCCAUUGACAAAGGAAGUUGAGGUUGAAUACCAAAGUUAACCUAGCAAUUUAGGACAAUUUGUAAGCGAAUUGCUAAUGAAACAACUACUAUCAUAAAUUAGAGUUUUGGAACAAAGUUGUCAACUUUAAAUUGAAUUUACAUUCAAAAUUCCUUGAUUAAGUUAA